AUGGCGAAGGCGUCCGCUGUAAGCAGCAGCAUGGGGAAGGGCAAGACCGCCUUUCUUGCGCUGCUCGCCUUCAUGGCCGUCAUCGCUGCGAGUCGCCUGCAGCCGUCGCAUGCAGCAGUCGCAGAGGCGACGAGCGGGGAGGCCCAGAUGGUGCUGGUUGGCACGCAGAUGACGAUCAGCGGCCUCUCUUUCAGCCGUCGCAGGCUGCAGCCGUCGACGAGCGGGGAUGACCAAGAGGUUGGCACCCGGAUGACGAUUGGCCCCUCUUUCACCUUCAACCCGAGCCGCUGCGUCGCCAUUCCACCCGGCGGGACGAGGAACCUGCUGGUGUGGUGGCAGCAGGAAGGCAAGGCGGAUUGCACAGCGAUUCAGUUCUUCCCAAGUCCCACGUGCAAGGGGAGGGUGCUGGACACUCUCGCGCAAGGCCAGCAGAGAUCCAGGCCCCUCGGCGCAGUCAGGUCCGCCCGCUGCAUUAUUGGUGCCACCCAGACCCCAGCUCCUUCUGAGUACCCCGACGAAGAGAGUUCAAGCACGGGCGCGUGUAGCAGAGACAGAGUCAACCCGUGUAUGGGGGGCACGUGCAUUGACCGCGGCACCCAGGGCAAGUCCUGCGUCUGUCUGCCCAACCACCGCUCGCUUGGCCGCUACUGUGACCAGCAUUGGGAGGACAUUUCGACCAUCACAGUGGCAGGCAGCGACUGGAGGUGCAAGGACGUGUACACCGUGUAUGGCCUCACGCUGCAGCAGUUCACCCACAUGAACCCGGGUGUCGACUGCUCCGCUCUCCUUCCUCAGGGUCGCGAUCUCACUGUGCAAGAGCUUCUACCACCUUGCUCUGCCUUCUACUACACCCAGCCGGACGACACAUGCGCGUCCGUGGCUCAGUUUCUCGACAUCACCGAGGAAAGCCUCGAGCAGCUCAACCCCGAUGUCAGCUGCCCUUCAAGCCUCCCUGCAUUCCGCUCUCUCUGUGUGGAGCGCGACACAGAGAAGACCUGGCCGAGCUGCAAGAAAGUGAUACAGAUCGGCAAAGUGGUGGACUUCCAGCAGGUGGCGGCAUCCAAUGGAGCCACCAUGGUGGACCUCUGCAGGCUCAACCCCUGGAUCUCUUUCCGCGAUUCCGCCGUGCGCGAUGUUGAUGGUAUUUGCGUGGAUGCCCAAUACGCCACAGCUCCUCCCACACCUCCCAGCGACACCCCAGCUGAUUCUAGUGACACCCCAGCUGAUUCUAGUGACACCCCAGCUGAUUCUAGCGACACCCCAGCUGAUUCUAGUGACAACCCAGCUGAUUCUAGUGACACUUCAGCUGAUUCUAGUGACACCCCAGCUGAUUCUAGUGACACCCCAGCUGAUUCUAGUGACAACCCACCUUCCAGCGACAACCCAGCUACUCCCACCCCAGCUACUCCCACCACAGCUACUCCCACCCCAGCUACUCCCACCACAGAUACUCCCACCACAGAUACUCCCAGCGACACCACAGCUCCCUCUGAGUACCCUGACGAAGAGAGUUCAAGCGCAGGCGGGUGUGGCGACGACAGAGUCAACCCGUGUAUGGGGGGCUCGUGCAUCGACAACGGGAACGGCAGGACCUGCAUCUGCCUGCCCAACCACCCCUAUCGUGACAGCUACUGCGGUCAGGAUUGGCAGGCCGCUUCGUCCAUCACAGUGGCAGGCAGCGACUGGAGGUGCAAGGACGUGUACACCGUGUAUGGCCUCACGCUGCAGCAGUUCACCACCAUGAACCCAGAUAUCGACUGCUCCGCUCUCCUUCCUCAGGGUCGCGAUCUCACUGUGCAAGAGCUUCUACCACCUUGCUCUGCCUUCUACUACACCCAGCCGGCCGACACAUGCUCUUCCGUGGCUCAGUUUCUCAACAUCACCGAGGAAAGCCUGCAGCAGCUCAACCCCGGUGUUAGCUGCCGCUCUCGCCUCCUCGCGUUCCGCUCUCUGUGUGUGGAGCGCGACCCAGCCAAGGCCAGACCGAGCUGUGGGAAUGUGAUUGAGAUCGGCAAAGUGGAGGACUUCCAGCAGGUGGCGGCAUUUAAUGGAGCCACCAUGGUGGACCUCUGCAGGCUCAAUCCCUGGAUCUCCUUUCGCGAUUCCCUGGGCGACACUGAUAGU